AGCAAUCCCAUGUUGCAUCUUCCGGGGCAAACAGAAGAUCAUAAUUCUACAGAAGAUUGUUCAUUGCAAGCAAACCUUGAGUCUCAUUGUGCAAAGCGGUUUGAAAUUGAUGGACAACAUUAUGGAGUAUCAGGCACAGUGUCUAAUAGAUUUCAGAGUCGCUGGUUUGGAGGUUGGUCUGGCAAUGACACAAAUAUUUCAGUUCCAAUGAGACCAAAUAAUAUUAAAAUCAUAGCUGGCCAUUUUGCCGGUGAGACAAGCUAUUUGUCAGAAUCAGCAGAUUUGGCUCCAGAUGAAAACUCCUUUGUGGGACCCAAACCAGACGAAAAAGCUUGCAUUGCUUCUCAAUCAACUAUACCUUCUGAAGGUGCUCUUAUUAACAGGAAUAAUCAAGUACUUCUCUCACAGGAUGCAUCUAGAUUUUCAAGUCCAUCCUAUGUCGAUCCACUCUGCUCUGUUGUUCCCUGCAGUAUUCCAUCCCAAAACAUGCUUUCUCGUUCAGCUUUAUGUGAUGAUAAACAGGUCUAUAUGGAAAAGUUCUUCACUCCUGGUACUGAACAUAUAGAAAACUUGCAGAGUAACUCAAAUCUGGACAACAAGGUUCUCUCAGAACAAAUUUCCAUUUCAGAAGCUAGUGCUGAUCGACCAGAUCAUUCUGUUCAUAAAAAAUUGAUCUCAAUGAGAAGUAUUAGUAUGCGACCUUGCUAUGUGUCAUCUUUGAAAAAUGGGAGUCUGGGUAAAACAUGUCUGCUGGAUAAAAGCUUGCCACCUCCGAACCUGUAUGGCUCAACAGAGAGUGUACAUGGAUUUCCAUCAGGUUUGCAAACAGAAAGGGAUUCACACUUCUUGUCCAUGAAAAAAGGGUCCGUGCAGCAUUUAGAUCAUUUUUCAUCUGAGUUUAGUGCAGAAGCAAAUGGAAAACAGAUUGAGGGAAGUCAAACUGUAGCAGAGAUUCCAACACAUCCAAACCUCUUGAAGCUUCAGCUUAUACAUGAAAAUCAAAAUAUUACCUCAUCAGGAACAAUAAAGCGUGUCCGGUUUGCAGAAAUUGAAACGAAGGUUGCAAACGGAGAAAAACGACUAAAGCAGCAAAUCACAUCAAAUGCUUGCCACACUGUAAGAGCUUCCAAAUGUCUGAGACCUUCACGUUCACAUUUUGAGUCAAGAGCUCAAAAUAAGAAAGGGACUCUAACUAAUUGCCAAGCCAAAUUUGUGAAGAUGUUAUUCCAAUCUAUGAAGUUUUUGCUUACUGGGUUUCCAAAGCAAAAGUUAAAGAGAAUUGAAGACCUGAUAAGGAAGUAUGGUGGGACAGUGCUCACUGAUAUCCCUUUUGGAAAUAAGAGAAAGAGGAGCUCUAGACAUAGAGAGCAGGCACUUCCUAUUGUUUUGUGCCCAAAGAAGCUACAAACAAUGAAGUUCUUAUAUGGCUGCGCUGUUGGUGCCUUGAUGGUCAAAGCUAAAUGGCUCACUGAUUCAAUCGCAGCAAGUUCCCUCUUACCACCUGAACAAUACAUGAUUCUACGAAAAUCUUUUGGAGGGUCUUUACAAACUGAAAUUCUUCUGAGAGGCAGUAGUAACUUUAUCUUUGAUGGCGUUGGCAUCAUGCUUCAUCAUGGCUCAAAAAGAAAUUGCACUGGGAUAGCAAAAGUAAUCGAGCAUGGCGGUGGAAGAGUUUUAAAAACACUCCAAAAAUUGGUUUUAAGUCUUGAUGCUGCAGAGAUUAGUCUUGGGUUUAUUGUGACUGAGGAUGGAAGUUGGACUUCAAGACACUUGAAGCAGUGUGCUUUGGAGAAGAAAAUACCUAUUAUGAAAAGAAAGAUGUUGUCCCUCUACCUCUCAUUAAGCUUCCUGAUACUUGUUCCAUCGGAUGGAGUCAUGAAAUUUAAGCUUGCUCAUUGCAGAUGCUCUCUCUUGCAGAGCUUCAUCAUUCAGGAAACUAAAAGGAUCAUAGGCCGUCUUCCAUCAAAUUUCAGAUAUGGUCGUUAUGGUUGUGGGCAGUCUGUUCUAGCCUUCCCGGGGAGGUUUUAUUGACCAAAUGCCAUGUAUGCCAAGGAACUAACUAAACCAAAAACUCAAGCUUGUGAUUGAAGGUCCUAAAGUAUUUUUGUAUGCUAACAUGCCCCUCACGUGUAGCCGAGGAGGAUCCAAACCACUGCUGACAUGAAAUGAGCUGGGUUAACCCGACCUGGAAGUGAUGCUAGGAAUUUGCCAAAGUGGCGGGUUGAGGUAGGCUAGGGUUAGAAGACAAGAGAAUGAUCCUCACAAUUUCUCCAUGUCCACAUGACCUCCCAUGAUCAUGGCUAAUGCUUGCUCAUCUUCCAGAAACAUGGUCACUACUUUCGUGCUGACUUGAGCAUAGAUUUGAUGAGGGAUGGCAUUCGGGAGUGGUGGACUAGAAGG